AUGAGCACCCGCGAUCUGAUCGAGGGGGAGGCGAUGCUGGACGAGGAGGAAAAUGAGGAGGAACUGGUAGAUGACUACGAGGGCGAAACUCGUGAAGGGGCUAGACCGGCAAAUCACUACGACUCGAGCGAAGAGGACGAGGAUGAGGAUGAUGAUGAAGAGGCAGCUCGCGCAGUACAAGAAGGCUUUAUUGUCGACGAAGAUGAAGAGCUCGAAGAACGCGCAGAACGGCGGAGGGAGAAGAGGAAGCGUCGGCGGGAAGAACGUGAGCGUGAGGAUGAGCAUCUGGAUGAAGAAGAUUUGGAGCUCAUCGGGGAACUUGACCCGGCGCGUACGCCCUCAGCGGCGGCAGAAUCCAAAUUCAAGCGCUUGAAGCGUGGCCACAAAGAUCGUGAUCUUCGUCAACCGUCUCAGGGCAUCGAUGACAUAUUCAACUCUGACGAUGAAGAGGAACCUGUAGGCGACUAUGGCAGACCGGGUCAUCGGAGAGCCAUGCACGAUGAGAUGGAUGAUUUCAUCAUCGAAGAUGUGUUCUCGGACGAUGAGGCUCAGCGGGAGCAAGAGGACCCAGAGAUUGCCCGUCCCAAGACUUUCUUGUCCAAUCUGGGAACCACUGAUGCAACGGGCUUAGAUGAGAAUGCCCUUGAAGAUAUGCGCGCCGCAUUUGGUGAUGGUGAUGACUACUAUUUUGCUCUAGCAUUGGAAGACCAGGAGCAGGAACAAGAGGUGGACGAAGAUAAGCACUUGGAUCUCAAGGAUGUCUUUGAGCCGUCGCAACUGGCGGAGAAGAUGUUGACCGAGGAAGACAACCAAAUCCGUCUGUUGGACGAACCCGAACGGCAUCAAAUUGCCCGCAAGCCCUACCGCGAUGUGGUCCUGACUGAGGAGCAAUUUCGCGAGGAGGCAGCUUGGAUCUCGAACCUCAUGCUUCUCAAGAAGCGCAUUGAACCCGAGCUGCGGGAACCAUUCCAACGCUCGGUCGCCAAGGUCCUGGAAUUCCUCGUGACGGACGAUUGGGAGGUUCCCUUCAUCUUCCAACACCGCAAAGACUACAUGAUCCACGCCGUCAAGGUUCCUGCGGAAGGGGUCGGUUACAAUGACGACGCAUCCCAAUAUACGACUAAGGCCGAAAAACUUCUGAACAUGACAGAUCUCUGGGAUAUCUUCGACCAUGACCUCAAAUUUAAGGCGCUCGUCGAUAAACGGAACACAAUCCAGAAGGCUUACGACAACUUGCAGAGUCUUUUCAACGUGAACGACCCGGUGGUGGAAGAGAUGCUCCCGGCCGCCGUGACCAUGGAGGAGCUUCAGGAUGUACAAGACUAUAUUCAUUUUCAAUAUGCGUCCCAGCUACGGGAUAUGACUCUGACCAACGGUGACGCCAAUGGCGAAACGCAGCGACGGAAGGCAUCGAGCAAGACCUUUUUUGAGCGAGUGCGGAACGGCAAGGCCUACGCACUGGUGCGCGCAUUUGGCAUUUCAGCGGAUGCAUUUGCUCAGAACGCCCUGAAGGAGGGCCGUCGUCAGUAUACAGAAGAUCCUGCAGACCGACCGGACGAGAUGGCCGAUCUACUUGUGGACAAUGACUUCUCCAAUUCGUCACAUGUGUUGAAGGCGGCCAAGACGAUGUUCGCUGAGGAAAUCGUGGUGAGCCCUAAGAUGCGCAAGGUAAUCCGACAGGCCUAUUACAUGAAUGGUGCGGUGGACUGCUUCCGGACUGAGAAGGGUCUGCGGAGGAUCGAUGAGCAUCAUCCGUAUUACGAAUUUAAAUAUUUGCGGAACCAGCAGCUCAGCGACAUCGCCCGGCGGCCAGAGCUGUAUCUCCGCAUGCUCAAGGCUGAAGAGGAGGGUCUAGUAGAAGUGAAGGUCCGCUUCGAGAACUUCGACCAUUUCCGCCAACGCCUCUAUCCCGAUAUCGAGUCCGACAAUUACAGCGAGAUCGCCGAUGCGUGGAACCGCACGCGCCGGGACGUCUUGGACAUGGCCCUGAGUAAGCUGGAGCGAUUGAUCAACCGCAGCGUGAAGGAGAAUAUCCGCCAGGAAUGUGAAAAUCACGUGGCGAAGGAAUGCCGGGAGGCGUUCUCUCAACGGCUGGAUCAGGCCCCGUACAAGCCCAAGGGCAUGGUGCUGGGAACUGUUCCUCGCGUGCUCGCUCUGUCGACGGGCUCGGGCAUUGUCGGCCGGGAUCCCAUCCACUGGGCCUACGUGGAAGAGGAUGGCCGCGUGCUGGAGAACGGGAAAUUCGUCGACCUGUCGAUCGGCGACUCAGACCGCAACAUCCCCGACGGCAAAGACGUUGCAGCAUUGGAGGAAUUGGUGAGUCGGCGCCGACCGGACGUAAUCGGCGUAUCCGGAAUGUCUCCCGAGACUCGUCGGCUCUACAAACUCCUGAUCGAUGUGGUCGACAAGAAAGACCUCCGUAGUGCUCCAUACACCGAUGAGCGGGAUGAUGAGAUCCGUGAUCGCUUGGAGGUGAUCACUGUCAAUGACGAGGUCGCGCGGCUCUAUCAGCACAGUGAGCGGGCCAAGAAGGAUCAUCCGAGCUUUGCCCCCUUGUCGCAUUACUGCGUGGCGCUGGCCAAGUACCUGCAGAGCCCCCUGAAGGAAUAUGCAUCCCUCGGUCGGGAUAUUGUGUCCAUUCAGUUCAAGUCGGGACAGCAGCUGGUCAGCCAGGAGCUGCUACUGAAGCAACUCGAGACGGCGUUGGUAGACAUGGUGAACCUGGUCGGGGUGGAUGUCAACGAGGCCGUCACCGAUCCCGCGACGGCCAAUCUCCUGCCUUACGUCUGUGGGCUUGGCCCGCGUAAGGCCGCCCAUCUGCUCAAGAUUGUGAACAUGAACGGCGGCGUGGUGAACAAUCGGGUGGAGCUGCUCGGGGUGAACGCGCAGUACCCGGCCAUGGGGGUGAAGGUGUGGAACAACUGCGCCAGCUUCCUGUAUGUCGACUUUGAGAACGCCGAUCCGGAUGCCGACCCGCUCGAUAACACUCGGGUGCACCCAGAAGACUACGACAUUGCGCGCAAGAUGGCGGCCGAUGCGCUCGAGCUGGACGAGGAGGAUAUCAAGGCGGAGACGGACGAGAACGGACCGGGCGCGAUCGUGCGGAAGCUGUUCCGGGAAGAAGCGCAGGAUCGGGUGAACGACCUCAUCCUGGAGGAGUACGCAGAGCAGCUAGAGAAGAACCUGAACCAGCGGAAGCGCGCGACGCUAGAGACGAUCCGCGCAGAGCUGCAGCAACCAUACGAGGAGCUGCGGAAGCAGUAUGUCUUCCUCAGCACGGACGAUAUCUUCACCAUGCUCACGGGCGAGACGGCAGAGACGCUGGUGGAGGGGAUGGUGGUGCCCAUCUCCAUCAAGCGCGUGACGGACGACCACAUCGACGGCAAGCUGGAUUGCGGCAUGGACGCGCUGGUGCCCGAGUCGGAGCUGACGGAUCGAUACGACAUCCCGGUGCGGGCGCUGUACGCGCCGCACCAGACGGUGCCAGCCAAGAUCUUGUUCCUGAACCGGAAGAGCUUCACCUGUAACGUCUCGCUGCGCGAGGAGCAGGUCAGCCGACCGAUGGGCAAGAUGUCGGAUCGGUUGCAGGGCGAGUGGGACAGCCGACAGGAGCAACAGGACCGCGAGCUGCAGCAGGAGAAGACGCAGAGCGGCGGACGCACGAUGCGCGUCAUCAAGCAUCCGCUGUUCCGGCCGUUCAACUCGACGCAGGCGGAGGAAUUCCUGGGAUCGCAGAGUCGGGGUGACGUGGUGAUCCGGCCGUCGUCCAAGGGACCGGACCAUCUGGCGGUGACGUGGAAGGUGGCCGAUGGGGUGUUCCAGCAUAUCGACGUGCUGGAGCUUGAUAAGGAGAACGAAUUCUCGGUGGGACGCACGCUGAAGGUGGGAGGACGCUACACGUACAGUGACCUGGACGACUUGAUCUUUAACCAUGUCAAAGCGAUGGCCAAGAAGGUGGACGAGAUUAUGCUGCAUGAGAAGUACCAGGAAGGCAGCAGGGAUGCCACCUACUCGUGGUUGGAAACCUACACCAAGGCGAAUCCCAAACGGUCGGCGUAUUCGUUCUGCAUCGACCCGAAGCAUGCGGGAUACUUCUUCCUCUGCUUUAAGGCCGGAGAGAAUGCGCAACUGCACAGCUGGCCGGUCAAGAUCAUCCCCCAGGGCUACGAACUGCAGCGCAAUCCCUAUCCGGACAUGCGGGCGUUGUGUAAUGGAUUUAAGUUGAUGUUUACCAACAUGCAGGCUGGAAAACGGAGAUAG